GUUUUACUCGAGGGCAGUGCUCCAGUUUGUCCACAAGAUGUCGCCAAAGACAAUAUUGACGUAUGAGGCACAGCUGUGGGAUAUUUAGAAAAACGUGGAGUAAAACGAGGACCUGAAGCAGGAUCAGUUACGUGUCUGAAUGCUGUUGGGUGAAGCAGCCUCCAGGCAGUUUUCCAGCCUCACCAUAACCUUCUGGUGUGGGCGUGUUUGCGCCUCCUGCCCCUGUGCGCUGCGCACUUUGCGGAGCCCCACUCCGCUUCGCUCCGCAGUCCGGAGGAUGGAUUUCUGUGUCCUCGCACUUCUCUGCGGGACUUUUCUGUUUGUACGGGACAUUCCCAGCUUCCAGACUCGUCAUAUUUCUCCUCCAGCAAGUCAGAAGCUUUCUGAUGGAGCAGUAACCCCAAAAGAUAUUUACUUCUUGAAGAAAAUAAAUAAAGCUUUGCCUGCAGAGCUGAUCGAGCCUCAUGACUACAUGUUGUCCAUCUAUAAAACUUUCUCCACUGCAGAGAAACUGGGACUCAAUGCCAGUAUGUUUCGCUCCUCCAAGGCUGCAAACACCAUUACAAGUUUUGUGGACAGAGGAAAAGACGACCUCCUACUCUCCCCUCUGAGCAGACAGCAGUAUCUGUUUGACGUCUCGGCUCUCUCCCAAGCAGCAGAGAUCCUGGGAGCCGAGUUGAGGAUGUACACCACAGUGUCUGGGAAUUUCAGGAUGUUAGAAGCUGAUCCAGUUGACAUUCAACUCCUCUCUUGCCAUGAUGGACAGCUGCUUCACUUUAAAACUUUGGAUCUGCAGGAUUCUUACAGGCCAAAGUGGGAGGUGUUGGACGUGUUGGAGGCGUUCAGACUGAGGCGUGGAAAACACUUCUGUCUGGAGCUCAGGGCCAUUCUGGACAACCCUGAAAGGGAGCUGGACCUGGAUGUGCUCGGGUUGGGCAGACACAAUAGGCCUCAGCAGAAGAAGGCCAUCUUAGUGGUCUUCACUAGGUCUAAGAAGAGGCAGACCCUAUUCAGAGAGAGGAGAGGGGCCAGAGCCUCCCUGAGACUGAGUCCACCAACCAAAUCCAGCAGGAGACGCAGGAACACUCCAUCUAAGAGCCGUCAUGAAAAGAGACAUGGCAACAGAUCCCGGUCCAGGUCCAGGUGCAGCAAGAAGCCACUACAGGUGAAGUUCAGAGACCUGGGCUGGGACGACUGGAUCAUUGCCCCGCUGGACUACGAGGCCUACCACUGCGAGGGGGUCUGUGACUUCCCCCUGCGCCCCCACCUGGAACCCACCAACCAUGCCAUCAUCCAAACCCUGAUGAACUCCAUGAACCCCAACAACAUGCCCCCCAGCUGCUGCACCCCCACCAAGCUCAGCCCCAUCAGUGUCCUCUACAUCGACUCAGGCAACAAUGUGGUCUACAAACAAUAUGACGACAUGGUGGUGGAGACCUGUGGCUGCAGGUAGUCCUCUGACAUUUGGGGGGAUGGGGGUUCUCCAUCGUCAUCAGAUAACACCAGAAUCUGCUUCCUGAGAUGUUCUUGAGAUGUAGAAAUAACUGAUGAUGUACUUUAAAACCUGACAUGGUCACAUUUUAAGCUUCAGAGCUCCUGAAGCCGAUCACCUCCUUUAUCUUCACGAUAUUGAAGACACUGAGGACAAGAUUCCUGAUCAGGUCCUUGAUUUUUCUGUUUUCCUUCCUUUGAUCCAAAAACUCCACUUCAUUUCACUUUCUUAUUGAAGGUCUUUCAAAGUUUUACUUUGGACUUAUUUGGUUGAUUGUUGAAAGUCAUUUUCAGUCCAGUUUGUCACAAGGACACAAUCUGUUCCCACUUCUUUGGUUAAAUCUCUGGAACGAUUCCUAACGAGAUGUCAGCUGAAAACCUGGCUUACAGCUGGAGAAGGAAGCAUCUUUCAGGCCCUGGGUCAGGUCCUGAACCAGAUCCUAGGUCAGACUCUGGAACAGAAGCCAAGAUAGAUCUUUGCUGAAUAUUGUUUUACUUUUUCAUUUCAGACACUGUUCAUCUGCUGGAGAGCCUUUCAGGCGGAGAACUUCUUUUCCCUCUACUUUUCUCACUCUAUCAGCUACAAUUAAUAGAACUGUUCAGGUGUCUCUUGAUCCUCCAUCAGCUUCGAAGUUUAACUGAGUGGUGACAAAAUCUGUGGAAAACUGUUUUAAUCAUUUGUUUUUAUUUGUUUAAAAAUAGACAAGAUAAUAAAUCAGAACAUAUUGAACUAAAAGCUGAAUGUUCAGAUUUUGUAAAAGUGUUGAAUCAGUCCGUUAUUAAAGUUCUUGUUCAGUCGCUUAGGGAUCAGUUCUGCAGGAUUGAGUCUUUUAAUGCUGCAGAUUUCCAGUUUCCACCAUAACAUUCCAGGUGAAUUGAGAUUCUGUUUCCUAUUGAUGUAAUAAGGUUCAUCACUGUUUUGUGAAGAAAAGUUGGAAAGCUCUUUGCUCAGUGAUUGCAUCGUCAUCCUCAUCAUCUUGUACACUGGCCUCAUCAUCAGAAAACCUCCUUUGAAUUGAAGGAAUGAGGAAAUGUUCAGCUGUGCAGUUCCUUCAGAGAUCUUGAUCUCCGCCUGACCUUCUCUUUUACGUGACCUGCAGCCCCAGCUCAUUACUAAAAUCUGGAAAUCUGCUGCUUUUCUUCUUGAUGGCACCAAACAAACAACCCAGCAUCAUCUUCAGGAUUCAUUCUUAAAUCCUACUUUCUUUCAGUCAUCCACAGUCCAUGAUUAGUGCCCUUCAGCCCACUGAAAACUUGUUUUCUACUGUUUAGAUCUUCAUGAUGGUUCCAUUUGGGGUGUUUUUCUUCUAGUUUGCUCCUAAUCACUGUCUUUAAUUUGUUUAGUUUUUAUUUUCACGCAGAUUGCUCAGACUUCUGUGCUACAGCAGUGUUGUUUUUCAUUAUCCACCCAAAAAUUUCAUUUAAAUCAGGCCGACUGUGGACAUCCACCAUGUUUCUCCACACCCUAACCCUCUGAAGGAGUUUUAGAAACCUUUCUUGAAAUUUGUUCUAGCUGACAGAUUUGUGGUUGGCUUCAUGUUUCCUGUAAAUCAGCUGCAGUAUCUUGUUAGGACCUGAUAGCCAGAUGGUCCAUUACACAUUUAUACAGAUUCCAGAUUUGUUGUAGAGAUGCAAAGUUAAAAAUUCAUUUGUUGCAGUAAAUCUUUCUCUGGUCCAUCUGCAAAAUCAUUCAUUGUAGGCAUUUGCACAGCUGUCAAAUGUAAUAAAUGUAAAGUUGAAUUUUGUUAAUUUGCAUCCGAUUUUGCAGAAAUAAUUCUGAUAAUCCUUUUGUUGAACCAAAUUAAGCAAACUGAUUUACUUCAGCUAAACUUUGUUCCGAACAUGGGGAUGUUUGGAAAGCAGAUUUCAAUUGAAAACAUUUCAGAAUCAACCUUAAAAUCUUCUGUAAGAUCAGCUUCUGUCUCUUUAGUAAUUUCUGUCUGCAUAGUUUUAAUAAAAUAUCCUGUAAAUAUGUAAGAUGGAAAUAAUUUAUGCUGUUUUCACAAGUUAUUGCUCUGGGUUGUGUGAAGUGUUCUGAUCAUAUCUGAAUAAACCUUGUUUUAUACAAAA